GCAGCUGGAUGGACAGAUUGCAUCCGCAAUCUUGCGACGAGCAAAGUCGACUGAACACUUUUCGCUGAGCCCAGGCAUGAACUGUAAGGAGGAAGAGGCCAUCAGCCAACCAUACUGCGUUGCUCCGCUGAGGCCCGAUGCUACUCCCAGGCCUCCUCUUCCUCUCAGAACAUCUGGGCUGCUCGUCUAUCACAGGAAUGGUCUGAAACAGGAACAGAAUCAAGAUAGCUUCAUCUCCCGCAUAGUCAACUUCAAACCGAUGCCCGAAAUGCUAGAUUUCCGAAAUUGCCGGUGGAAUUAUAGGCGCAAUUGCUUUCGCGCGCUAUCGCCGCUGAGAUAACCUGAAACAUGGUUCGCUUCAAAAACAGGUACAUUGUUUUUACGAUAAAGCCACAGGACGACGAUGAUGAGCACCAAGCGGCAUGGAAGAAUACAUAUGUGUCUGAUGCGAUUAAACAGAAGGUGCAACAAUUGUAUGGCGAUAUCGGAGUUGCAGCGAUAAGGGACGGCUUCGAUGCAAAAUAUUGCAAUGUGCAAACGAAAAUAGCGAUAGUAAGGCUUAGGCACGGGCCUCAUAAAUUUGCAUUGCAUGCUAUUCCAUUAAUAAACAAAGUAGGUAAACGAUCAGUCAAUACAAAGAUCCUGUAUGUAGGGGCAACUCUGAAACACUGUUUUCUCUUUAUCAGAAAACAUCAAGAAAAAAAAUUGGAGCAAUUGUGGUCUAAAUUGCCAACGGAAGCUGAGAAGAAACAGAUGGAAACUCUUCUGAUGACUUUGACACCUGCUAUGAGAGACCUCAAAUAACACUUUUGACGAUCGAGCCGCAAGGAUCGUUGCCACGUCUCGCCAGUUGUCGCUGCUCGUUGCUGGAGGAGCGCCUCUCCCUUCUCCUUCUCUCCGCCAUCGUCGUCGUGGUGGUAAUCUCGCCGUUAUCCUGUUUCCACCGUUUCCGCGCCGUCUGCCUGCGUCUGCACUCUGCACUCUGCAGUGCUCCACAGUAUACUCGUUCGGAUCAGUUCGUAACGUCUCGGUGGUGGCUAGUGACGAGACGACUUUGAGCAUUAUUUCGUCGUGAAGCCAGGAACUCGUACCAGCGACCAGCGAUUGCUCAUAAUUGACGAGAGAUUGAGGAAGACAUCAGGAAGGAAAAAAAAGUGUGAACUGCGAAUGUUGCGUGGGGCCACUCUCGUCCCCCGCGGUCGUUCCGUUUAUACCGGACGGUUUUAACGAGCGCCAGGAUAACGAGAUACUUCUCUGGUAUCGACCGCUCUUCCGCGAUCUCAAUACUCAUUAUCGCCCAACCACAUAGCUCCGUCUGAGAUAUAACCAUUGCCUUGCGAUAAACACACCGGCGAGCUCGAGGUAAGCGCUCCGUUUUCUUUCCCUUCCCCCUAUCGAUUAUGGUUGUUUAGAGUCGCUCCCUGUUUUCGUACGAUCGGAUCCACCCUCCCGCUGAGGUUACGACCUCGGGUGGUGCAGGCUUGUCGCAGGCGGAAUCUCAUUUCGAACAUUGUGACGACAGCGACGACGUUCCGCAAGAGAGAUUUUCCACAAAACCGAUGGCGAUGUCCUAGCAAAGGCUGAUCGCCUGGUGAAACCUGCGUCAUAUACGUUGAAUGACAAUUUGAAAAACAUGGAGUUAUAUUUACAUGAUCCUUGACAUUUAAUCCCUAGCUGAGGGCAUUAUACAUUGAGAUAUUUGCAUCUAAAAAAGAUGAUCCUUGAUAUUCUUUAACUGUGGACAAUUAACAAUGAGCUGUAUCGAAUCUUGGAGAUUCCUAUUUUUCAGAUUUAAAAAAGGGAAAUAAAAAUAACUUUAAUUAAUAUUGGAGAAAUUAACUUUUUUCCAUUCUUAUUGCUGCAGUUUUGUGUCUUUUGGCAUUAAAUUAUGCAUAGACUCAAGUAUUAUUUUUCUAGAAGAAAAAAUAAUUUAUCAAAAAUAUAUCUAUACCUGAAAAAAUGCUCAAUAUUCGAUUCUUAAUCUUAAGUCAUAAACCAGAAAUAUUUGUAUCUAUAAAAGAUAAUCCUUGAUAUUCACUCAUUAGCUAUAAACAUUACGCUGUGUUGAAUCUGAAGAUUUCUGUUUUUAAAUAUGAAACAAAGGGGAAAUAAACAUAACUUCUCUACUUUCUA